UUCAGUUGCCAGUCGAAAGAGUAUCAAAAUGAAGUCACUCAUCAUUUUACCAUUUCUUUUAAGCGCAAUUUUCUGUCUCAAUCCGCAAAUGGAAGAGAUGAUAAGGACACGUGUGAAAGAGAACGGUCUAAUUUGCAUGUCGAAAAUUGGGGCGACCGAUGGCGAUGUCGCGCCACUGGUAAACCACCAAGUACCAACGACAGAGGCCGGCAAAUGCUUCCUGGCUUGCAUGUACAAAACUGAAGGAUUUAUAGGGGCCGAUGGAAGUAUUAACAGAGAAGGUAGUUUGGCUGCAAUUGAACCCAUGAAGGAUAUGGAUCAAGAUUACUACCUUAAAGUUAAACAAGUAAUGGAGAAUUGCUUGGACAAGAUAAGUAAUGGAGACAACGAGUGUGAAACCGCAGUAAUCGUGCACCAAUGUGUACUUGCAGAGAAAGAGAAUGUUGGGCUCCCAGCAAUUGAAAUGGAUUAACUUACUGACCCAAUAGUAACCGUUUGGAAUAUAUGAGAAGAGCCUACUAUAUUAUGUAUACCUAAGUGGACAGCUGUGUUAUUUUGUAUUUUGAGUAAUUAAACACAUUUCUA